GUCGCUGGGGAUGGCCUACUUUGCACACAAUGACCGAUUUUGUAAGGAAGUACGGCAUAAUUUCAUGGCAAGUCUUUGUUUAAAUCACGGGACGUGACAUAUUGGAUGCAAGCGCCAGGAGGGUAACCGAACAACAGACCACCAGCCCUUUUAUUUGGCUUUUACCCCCUCUCGGCUGGUUCUCUCUUUGUUAACGAUUGGCUGAUUAGCAAUUCAGUCAGAGUGGGUACUGAGAAUCGACCAUGCCAACAGCAAACAAUAUGUCGGACUGUGAUGGCGAAGCGUGCGAAUCGGGGCAACUACUCGACCAAACGGAACUGCGUGUGCUUUCUACCUCCGGUGUACCAUCUACAGAAAAUAGGGUUGAGACGCACGAUGGCGAUGAAUGUGGCAGUGACAGUCAUUUUGACCGCGGAAGAUAUGGAUGGGUCAUUGUGGCGGCUUCUUUUUUCGGACAAUUCAUCGACCCCGUCAAUCAAAGUUUUGGUCUGUUUAACAUUGCUCUGUUGGACGAAUUUGAUGUAGGUAAAGGAGAAACUGCUCUGGUUGGGUCAAUUUGUGGCGGUUUCAAUGAAGGAUGCGGGAUACUAACUGGUCUUUUGGCAAACCGAAUUGGUCACCGUUUGACGUGCAUGAUUGGUGGUGUGAUGGCGGCUGCUGGAUUUGUCAUCAGUUCGUUUGCACAGAAUUUGACCAUUCUCUACUUCUCAUAUGGAGCUCUGUUAGGAAUAGGAUUAUCAUUCCUUAACCUACCAUCUUUGGUGAUGAUGAGUUUCUACUUCAAGAAAUACCGUAACCUGGCGACAGGAGCUGCGUCCGUUGGUGCAGGGUUAGGGAGCCUCGUCAUGCCGAUAUUUAUUCACGUACUCAUUGAACACUAUUCGUGGCGAGGUGCUAUGGUGAUCAUAGCCGGCCUAAUGCUUCAAGGAUGCGUCGUCGGGAUCCUGUUAAAACCCAACAAGCAUCUAGAACACAGCUCAAAAUAUAUCGGCAAACAUGAAAAGAAACCAGCUUUCGAUUUUUCGCUUUGUAGAAAGUGGACCAUGGGUGCUUGUGUAGUCAUCUUCAUUGUGUGGGGAAUCACUGGCAGCAUUUUUUUCACAACUCUACCACACAGGGUAGUUUUAUUAGGCUUUUCGACUGACCAAGCCGCUUGGUUAUUGUCAAUGACAGGAAUAGCGUCUGUCAUUUCACGAAUAUUCCAUGGAGUGCUCUUUCAUUUCAUUUCAUUGCAUCCCGAAAUAGCGUACGGGGUUGGGCAACUUGGCAUGGCACUGGGUAUCUUAGGAUUUGCCAUUGACCAUACGGAAUACUGGCUGCUUGCACUUUCAUCCGUGGUGUAUGGAUUUUCGUUUGGCUUGAUGGGUUUUGCACAUUCCCUGUUCUUUUUGAAGAUAUUUGGUCUGAAGCGGCUGAACAAUGCGAUCGGGUAUGUUAGUACGGGGGGUGGGUUAGGGAUUCUUUUCGGGGCACCAGUUGCAGGGCUCCUGUACGAUUACAUUGGGGAUUACCGGAUCUCACUGUUUGCUGCGAUAGGUUUAGCAAUAUUUGGGAGUGCAGUGUGUAUUCCGAUACAUGUUCAUUUACGACGGCGCAAAGAAUAUUAGAAAACAGUAAUAGUGUGAGAAGACAACAAAAUAAAGCGCCAUUUUGGAUAAUGAAUACGGAUGAACUAUACGCCAGUGUUUAUUCUAAUUUUAUCAGAUAUAUCUCAAUCCUAGCGGUGCAAAAUCUGUAUCUAAUAGUUUGUGUUUUUUAUCAUCUCAUAUUUGAUAACAAAUAUAUCUACACGUACAUGUAAUUCAACUUGAACAAUAGGUGGAGUAUAGGGUUGGCUGGGUCGCUCUGAACACCAUAUUUUUUAUUUGUCGUAUGAUUAUACAUUAUACGUCUUAUGCAAAACUUGUCUAUAUCUUUUCAAUUCAAAAUUCCUGAUAAAAUCGACAUGUCGCAGGCUUGAAGAAGAAAAAUCGACAUUCUCAUGAGUUUCAUGGAUCAAAUGCUACUUUUAGGUGGCCAUUUCUUUUGAUACGUAGGUCGAUGGUGAUGUCUCACGGUCACAUCCCGCAGGAGUGCAUGGUAUUUCGAGAAAAGUGCAUUAAUACCCAGAGCAUGGGAGGUAUGCGUUGACCGUUGCGUUACCAAAUCAAGAAUACUCGUUUCUAUCAAUUCUU